UCCCCGCGGCGGCCGGGCGGCGGGGCCUGUUAUUCGGCUCGCAGCUCUGCCCGGACCCGCGCAGCGCCAGUGACUCGGGGAGUCGGCCCCCACCUACUCCCCUGCCCGGGCCUAGAACCACCCCCAACUUGAGAGGCCGGAGACGGAGCUGGAGCGGCUGCCGCAUCCCGGCCCAGCCUCCUCCACCAUCCCUCCCCUCCCCGCUGGACAUCUGGACCCCAGGCCCCGCACCGACUGGGUUCCGGAAACCCUCCCCGCCCAGCUCGGCGGCCUGGCCCCGCGCUGCCCUCUCUGCAGAGCCCCCAGCUCUCCUCCAGACCAGACUUCCGUCUACCGCUGGACCCCCCCUCCCCGGUCCCUCCCUCCCCCCCUCCCCCAGCCUGGAGCCGGGUAGGAGGGAGGGGGGGUGUGCGCCCUGCGCCAUCCCCGCCCCCCUUGAUUCCCCCUGCAUGGCCGGCCCGGGUGGAGGGUGCGGGGGGGCCUGGGCGCCAUGCGGGGGGGGCAAAAGGGGGGUCGCUGUGCCUGUCCCCAUGUGAUCCGAAAAGUGCUGGCAAAAUGCGGCUGCUGCUUCGCCCGGGGGGGACGUGAAUCCUAUUCCAUUGCUGGCAGUGAGGGGAGUAUCUCGGCUUCAGCUGCUUCGGGUCUGGCUGCCCCCUCUGGCCCCAGCUCUGGCCUCAGCUCUGGCCCCUGUUCCCCGGGCCCCCCAGGGCCAGCCAGUGGCCUAAGAAGAUGGUUGGAUCAUUCCAAACACUGUCUCAGUGUGGAAACUGAGGGAGAUGGUGGCCGGGCUGGACCAUACGAGAACUGGAUGCUGGAACCAGCUCCAGCUACAGGAGAGGAGCUGCCAGAACUGACCCUGCUGACCACCUUGUUGGGGGGGCCUCAGGAUAAGACGCAGCCACCUGAAGAGGAGACUUUAUCCCAAGCUUCUGAGAGUGAGGAGGAACAGAAGAAGGCGGCUCUGGAAAGGAGUAUGUAUGUCCUGAGUGAACUGGUAGAGACAGAGAAAAUGUAUGUGGACGACUUGGGCCAGAUUGUGGAGGGUUAUAUGGCCACCAUGGCUGCUCAGGGGGUCCCUGAGAAUCUCCGAGGCCGCGACAGGAUCGUGUUUGGGAACAUCCAGCAAAUCUACGAGUGGCAUCGAGACUAUUUCCUGCAGGAGUUACAGCGGUGUUUGAAGGAUCCUGAUUGGCUGGCUCAGCUAUUCAUCAAACAUGAGCGCCGACUGCAUAUGUAUGUGGUUUACUGUCAGAAUAAACCCAAGUCCGAGCAUGUGGUGUCGGAAUUUGGGGACAGCUACUUUGAGGAGCUCCGGCAGCAGUUGGGGCACCGCCUGCAGCUCAAUGACCUCCUCAUCAAACCAGUGCAGAGGAUCAUGAAAUACCAGCUGCUGCUCAAGGAUUUUCUCAAGUAUUAUAGUAGAGCUGGGAUGGAUACCGAAGAGCUGGAGCAAGCUGUGGAGGUCAUGUGCUUUGUACCCAAGCGCUGCAAUGACAUGAUGACCCUGGGGAGACUUCGGGGCUUUGAGGGCAAACUCACUGCCCAGGGGAAGCUCUUGGGCCAGGACACAUUCUGGGUCACGGAACCUGAGGCGGGGGGGCUGCUCUCUUCCCGGGGUCGAGAGAGGCGCGUCUUCCUCUUUGAGCAAAUUGUCAUCUUCAGCGAGGCCCUGGGAGGAGGAGUGCGAGGUGGAACGCAGUCUGGAUAUGUGUACAAGAGCAGCAUCAAGGUGAGCUGCCUGGGACUGGAGGGGAACCUCCAAGGUGACCCUUGCCGAUUUGCACUGACCUCCAGAGGGCCAGAGGGUGGGGUCCAGCGCUAUGUCCUGCAGACUGUGGACCCUGCCGUCAGUCAGGCCUGGAUCAAGCAAGUGGCUCAGAUCCUGGAAAGCCAGAGGGAUUUUCUCAACGCACUGCAGUCACCCAUUGAGUACCAGAGACGGGAGAGCCAGACCAACAGCCUGGGGCGGCCAGGAGGGCCUAGGGUGGGGAGCCCUGGGAGAAUUCGGCCUGGAGACCGGGCCCAGGUCAGCACACACACACCCAUCAAUGGCUCUCUCCCCUCCCUGCUGCUGUUGCCCGAAGGGGAGGUGGCCAGAGCCCCCCCGCCCCUGGACACACAGGCCCUCAGUGACAUCCCCCAAGCGCCUCAUGACUCUCCUCCAGUUCCACCAAUUCCAAACACCCCUCCCUGCCAAGCCAGACUCGCCAAGCUGGAUGAAGAUGAGCUGUAACUGGUGAAGGCCAUGGGGGGUGGUGCUGACUCAGCCACUCUGUUCCCCCAGGAACUUCAGGGCAAUCCUUCUGGCAUGGUCCCAGAAUUCCUCCCUCUUGGUGUGUCUGGAGGGUGGGCAAAGCUGGGAGCGGUGUCAACCUGGAGGAGGGCACCUUGACUCAAAAGGACUUCUUUCUGCCCAAGGAACACAGUUCCUUUGGUUCCCACCCUUAUGCAUGCAUCACAGGUCCCCCCAAAAGGAGGAUAUGUGGGUGGGCGGGAGGGCUAGGGCCAGAUAGAAAGUAUUGGUUUUGUUUUUGAUUUUGUUUUUUUUCUGUUUUCUGAGAAUAAAGGUUUUGUUAUA